AAUAAAACGCGAUUACCGCUACUGAUCAUAGCCACUGACUGGGGAUCUACAACACGGAGAGAGAGGAGGCAGUCCAGAGCACAACCAGGUCAACGUUAGGACUGUAACUGUAUGUGUGUUGUGUACUAAACGGGGGCGAUUGCUGCAGGCUCUUUCAUAUCUACUCUAUGGGAAUUAAGAAGACAUCGAAGUGACUUUUUCCGAGGAAGGCGACCAUCCACCAUGGAGAACGCUCACACAAAGACAGUCGAGGAGGUUUAUAGCUAUUUCAGCGUUAAUGAGAGCACGGGACUGGGUCUGGACCAGGUGAAGAGGCAAAAGGAAAAAUGGGGACCGAACGAGUUGCCGGCAGAAGAAGGGAAAUCCUUAUGGGAACUCGUCCUUGAACAGUUUGAAGAUUUACUAGUGCGAAUUCUACUUCUGGCAGCUUGUAUAUCUUUUGUACUGGCCUGGUUCGAGGAGGGGGAGGAAACUAUUACAGCCUUUGUGGAGCCUUUUGUAAUCUUACUUAUCCUUAUAGCCAAUGCCAUCGUAGGAGUGUGGCAGGAACGAAAUGCUGAAAAUGCCAUCGAAGCCCUUAAAGAGUACGAGCCUGAGAUGGGGAAGGUCUACCGCCAGGACAGGAAGAGCGUCCAGAGGAUUAAAGCCAAGGACAUUGUCCCCGGAGAUAUCGUAGAAGUGGCCGUGGGUGACAAGGUUCCUGCCGACAUCCGCCUCUCUUCAAUCAAGUCCACGACCCUGCGAGUAGACCAAUCCAUCCUGACCGGAGAGUCUGUAUCCGUCAUCAAGCAUACUGACCCAGUGCCUGACCCUCGUGCCGUCAACCAGGACAAGAAGAACAUGCUCUUCUCUGGCACCAAUAUCGCCGCCGGCAAGGCGGUAGGCGUGGUGGUCGCCACGGGCGUCAACACCGAGAUCGGCAAGAUCCGCGACGAGAUGGCCAGCACGGAGCAGGAGAAGACGCCCCUGCAGCAGAAGCUGGACGAGUUCGGAGAGCAGCUGUCCAAGGUCAUCUCGCUCAUCUGCAUCGCCGUGUGGAUCAUCAACAUCGGCCACUUCAACGACCCCGUCCACGGCGGGUCCUGGAUCCGCGGCGCCGUCUACUACUUCAAGAUCGCCGUGGCGCUGGCCGUGGCCGCCAUCCCCGAGGGCCUGCCCGCCGUCAUCACCACCUGCCUGGCGCUGGGCACGCGCCGCAUGGCCAAGAAGAACGCCAUCGUGCGCAGCCUGCCCUCCGUGGAGACGCUGGGCUGCACCUCCGUCAUCUGCUCUGACAAGACCGGCACCCUCACCACUAACCAGAUGUCCGUCUGCCGGAUGUUCGUCCUUGACAAGGCUGAAGGAGAGGGCUGCUCUCUGAGCGAGUUCACCAUCUCUGGCUCCACCUACGCCCCUGAAGGAGAAGUAUUUCAUGAUGGAAAGCUUGUUAAAACCUCCCAGUAUGACGCCCUGGUGGAGAUUGCCACCAUCUGUGCCCUGUGCAAUGACUCCUCUCUGGACUUCAACGAGACCAAGGGGGUGUACGAAAAAGUAGGCGAGGCCACAGAAACUGCCCUGACCUGCCUGGUGGAAAAGAUGAACGUGUUUGACACCGAUGUUAAGAACUUAUCCAAGAUUGAGAGGGCGAACGCCUGCAACUCGGUGAUCAAGCAACUGAUGAAGAAAGAGUUCACCCUGGAGUUCUCCAGAGACAGGAAGUCCAUGUCCGUGUACUGCACACCCAACAAGGCCCGUUCCUCCAUGGGCAAGAUGUUCGUCAAGGGUGCCCCUGAAGGCGUGAUUGACAGGUGCACCCACGUUCGAGUGGGCAGCACCAAGGUCCCCAUGACCGCUGGCAUCAAGGAGAAGAUCAUGUCCGUGAUCCGUGACUACGGCACGGGCAGGGACACUCUGCGCUGCCUGGCCCUGGCCACGCGAGACAAUCCCCUCAAGAUGGAGGACCUGGUCCUAGUGGACACCGCUCGCUUCAUCGAGUACGAGUCUGACCUGACAUUUGUGGGCUGCGUGGGGAUGCUGGACCCCCCCAGGACCGAGGUGGCGGCCUCCAUCAAGCUGUGCCGCCUGGCGGGCAUCCGCGUCAUCAUGAUCACCGGGGACAACAAGGGCACGGCCGUGGCCAUCUGCCGCCGCAUCGGCAUCUUCUCUGAGGAGGAUGAUGUCGACAACAUGGCCUUCACCGGCCGCGAGUUCGACGACCUCUCCCCCCAUAACCAGCGCGAGGCGGUCCUGAAGGCGCGCUGCUUCGCCCGGGUGGAGCCCUCUCACAAGUCCAAGAUCGUGGAGUUCCUGCAGUCCUUCGAUGAGAUCACCGCCAUGACCGGGGACGGUGUGAACGACGCCCCCGCUCUGAAGAAGGCGGAGAUCGGCAUCGCCAUGGGCUCCGGAACCGCCGUGGCCAAGACCGCCUCCGAGAUGGUCCUCGCCGACGACAACUUCUCCUCCAUCGUGGCCGCGGUGGAGGAGGGCCGCGCCAUCUACAACAACAUGAAGCAGUUCAUCCGCUACCUCAUCUCCUCCAACGUGGGCGAGGUCGUGUGCAUCUUCCUGACCGCAGCCCUGGGGUUCCCCGAGGCGCUGAUCCCGGUGCAGCUGCUGUGGGUCAACCUGGUGACAGACGGGCUGCCCGCCACCGCCCUCGGCUUCAACCCCCCCGACCUGGACAUCAUGAACAAGCCCCCCCGCAACGCCCGCGAGCCCCUCAUCUCCGGCUGGCUCUUCUUCAGAUACCUGGCUAUCGGCUGCUAUGUGGGAGCUGCAACUGUGGGAGCUGCUGCCUGGUGGUUCAUCGCUGCUGAUGACGGCCCCAGAGUCACCCUGUACCAGCUGAGCCACUUCCUGCAGUGUGCCAAUGAUAAUCCUGAUUUUGAUGACCUGGACUGCACUGUGUUUGAGUCGCCCUACCCCAUGACCAUGGCCCUGUCUGUGCUGGUGACCAUUGAGAUGUGCAACGCCCUCAACAGCCUCUCGGAGAACCAGUCCCUGCUGCGCAUGCCCCCCUGGGAGAACAUCUGGCUGCUGGGAGCCAUCUGUCUGUCCAUGUCCCUGCAUUUCCUCAUCCUCUACGUGGAGCCGCUGCCGAUCAUCUUCCAGAUCACCCCUCUGAACGUGACGCAGUGGCUGAUGGUGCUGAAGAUCUCGCUGCCCGUCAUCCUCCUGGACGAGCUGCUCAAGUUCUCUGCCCGCAACUACCUGGAGCCCGGUAAAGAGCUGGAGAAGCCCAGCAGCGCCGCGCCCGACAGGCCCUGCUCACUGUCCGCAUGCACGGAGGGCAUUUCCUGGCCCUUUGUGGCCGUCUUCUUCCCCAUGGUGCUGUGGCUGUACAGCACUGACACUAACGUGGCCGAAAUGUUCUGGUCCUGACUGACAUGAGCACGGUGUGUGUCCCAGCCCCCCUCCCCCCCUCCCCCA